GUCGCUGCCGUCAAAGUACGUCAAGAUGUCUGCUCGAGCUGCUAAUGCGUUAGCCUGAAAGCUAACAGCUUCUUUCUGCUUUUUAGUUUGUUUUUGUUUACUUUGGUACGUCGGCUUUGGUACUAGAUGGAGACCGAGGGUUUACCAUGAAACUCCGGGUGCAGAAUGACAGGAGUGACUCCAGAAGAGCAGUAAAACUGAGGGAUUCUCCUGCUGUAAUGCAGCCAAAUUCGAAUGAGCGGGGCGACCAAGCAGGAAACGGUUUAUCUCUGACUCUGCAGCCAGAGCUCCUCAGCAGGGUGCCGGCCCACACUGCUGCUGCUGGCCCCGAGAGCAGCGAGGUGCGGGUCCCCAUGCCCAGCGGGCCCGGGGAGUCCAUGGGAGGCGCGUCGUCCCGGAGGUCCAGGGUCGGCUCCCACAGCCACUCCCACUCCCACGGACACCACCGGGCGCACCACCACUCCAGCUCCGAGCCCGAGCCGGACCCGGCCGACUCCGAUCCGGACUCCGGCGAAGCCAGCACGUCGCUGUCGGAGCUCCGCUGCCUGUUCCGCUGGCUCCAGAAGAGCCUGCCCUUCCUCAUCAUACUGUGCUCCAAACUGGUCAUCCAGCACGCCCUCGGUUUAGCAGUGGGAGUCGGCCUCUUCACAACCUUUUUAUAUGUGAAUAAAAACAUUCAGACUCAAGUCUUUCUUCAGGAUCGCCACUCCAAGCUCCAGUGUGUGUGGCAGCUAGUUUUUCUGAUCUCUUCCAGCCUCCUGCUUUACUACACAUUUCUCACUGAGACACUUUACAAUUGCCUCAUCUUCCUCAGUCCGGCCAUCGAGCCGCUGGGGUUCUGGGAGACGCUGUGGGCAGUCGGCGUCACCAACUUCAUCAUAAAGUUCAUUUUUAUGGGAAUAAAGUGCCUUAUUCUGCUGCUGCCCUCUUCACUGGUGAAUUACAGAGCCCAGGGCCGCUGGCUGAUGCUGACGGAGGAGCUGGGCCAGGUCCACCAGGCCGUCGCUCCUCUUCCACUGUGGUUCCGCUACCUGGUGACCUACCAGGAGAGCGAGGGGGCUCCGGGGCUCACUCUGGGGGUCGUGCUGGCUCUGCUCUACCUCAUACUGAAGCUUUUAGGAAUGUACGGACAGUGGACGUCUUUACUGAAAACUGUGAGGCUGUGUCUAAUGGGCGAGCACACGGGCACGGCGGCCACGAGGAGUCAGUGCAGCGAGGCCGGGGACGUGUGUCCCAUCUGUCAGGGAGAGUACAGGGAGCCUCGAGCGCUCAUCUGUCAGCACAUUUUCUGCGACGAGUGCAUCGCUCUGUGGUUCAACCGGGAGAAGAGCUGCCCCCUCUGCCGCACCGUCAUCACGGAGAAGGUGUACAAGUGGCGGGACGGCGCCACGUCGCCUCACCUGCAGAUUUACUGAGGCGGCGGCGGCGUGCGGGGAGCUUUGAGGCGUCUGCAGGACCUUUGGGUAUUAGCUUUUAUGCAACAUGUGAUUUCUUUCUUUUUCAAACCCCAGUUAUGUCGCACACACUGUCUGAUUACCGGGCUUUAUCUAUGGAUUUUUUUUUUUUUUUUUUUGCCUGACUUGUCCCUCUCACACACCUGAAAGUUAAUUAUUUUGACACUUUGAGUAUUUUUUUUCCCUCUCUAUUUUGUGUGGUGUUACUUUCAUUCACCUUCGAUACGAACCUUCCUCUUGUAAAUAUGGAAGAGAAAUAUAUGAAAAGUAUUUUACACUUUCCUAAUCAGACAUGACGCUCGCAGUGUUUCUCAGCAGCUUUUUUUCGGGAAUGUCUUUGCUAAAUUGUGAAUGUUGGCGUUGGAUCGGUUUCCUGGUGAGGUGGAGAUGAAGGUGAUUGAUGAUCCGCUCUGAUGAGGAUCGAUAGGGCGUGUUUAUCUUUUCCUUUUCACAGCCGGUGAAUAGAACGCACGCAAGCUCGUGAGACUGAUUUACACAUAAAUUAUUUUUCUACAGGGGGAGAAGCCCCGUUUUUGUAAAAAAGAAAAGAAAAACCAAAGACCGGGAGAAACAUCUAUUUUAUGUAUGAAAUCAUUUCACUGUGUUAUUUUGAUCCAUAAAGUAUCGGAAUAAAGUCUACCUUUCAAAUAGGA